AUGGGACCCCCUGCCAGCCCCGGCUUCUACGUGAGCCGCGCGGUGGCCCUGCUGCUGGCGGGGCUGGCCGCCGCGCUCCUGCUGGCGCUGGCCGUGCUCGCCUCGCUGUACGGCCACUGCGCGCGCGUCCCGCCGUCGGAGCUUCGCGACCGCGGGGCUCCGGCUGCCGCGCCCUCCCUCCCCGGCCAGCAGGAGCCGACCGCGCAGCCCGGCCCCACCCCGGAGCCCGACGUGGCGGCCACCCGGCGCUACCGGCGACCUCCGGGGCCCUGGGACCAGCUGCGCCUGCCGCCCUGGCUCGUGCCGCUGCACUACGAGCUGGAGCUGUGGCCCCGGCUACGGCCGCGUGACCUCUCGGCGUCCGCGUUGCGCUUCACGGGCCGCGUGAACAUCACGGUGCGCUGCACCGCGGCCACCGCGCGGCUGCUGCUGCACAGCCUCUUCCUGGACUGUGAGAGCGCCGAGGUGCGCGGGCCCCUGUCCCCGGACGCUGGAGACGCCUCCGCGGGCCGGGUAUCUGUAGUGGAGAGGUGGUUCGCGGUGGACAUGCAGUACCUGGUGCUGGAGCUCGGCGACGCCCUGCAGCCCGGGAGCCUCUAUGAGCUGCAGCUCGGCUUCUCCGGCGCCGUGAGCCAGGACACCAGGGAGGGCCUCUUCCUCAACCUCUACACGGACCAGGGUGAGCGCAGGGCCCUGUUAGCAUCUCAGAUGGAACCAACAUUUGCCAGGAAUGUUUUCCCUUGUUUUGAUGAGCCAGCUCUGAAGGCAACUUUUAAUAUUACAAUCAUUCAUCAUCCACGUUAUGUGGCCCUUUCUAACAUGCCAAAGCUAAGUCAGUCUGAGAAAGAAGAUGUGAACAGAAGCACGUGGACUGUUACCACCUUUCACACCACGCCCCACAUGCCCACUUACUUGGCUGCCUUUGUCGUUUGCGACUAUGAACACAUCAGCAGGAUUGAGAGGGGCAAGGAGAUACGCAUCUGGGCCCGGAAAGAUGCCAUCGCAGAUGGAAACGCAGACUUUGCUUUGAACAUCACAGGUCCCAUCUUCUCUUUUCUGGAGGAUUUAUUUAAUAUCAGUUACCCUCUUCCAAAAACAGAUAUAAUUGCUUUGCCUACUUUUGACAACCGUGCAAUGGAAAACUGGGGACUAUUGACAUUUGACGAGUCAUUAUUGUUGCUGCAGCCAAAUGAUAAAUUAACAGAAAAAAAGAUCAUGAUCUUCUAUAUUGUCUCCCACGAGAUUGGACAUCAGUGGUUUGGAAACUUGGUUACCAUGAAUUGGUGGAAUAAUAUCUGGCUCAAUGAAGGUUUUGCAUCUUAUUUUGAAUUUGGGAUAAUUAACCACUUCAAUCCUAAACUCCCAAGGAAUGAGAUCUUCUUCUCUAACAUUUUACAUGGUGUGCUCAGAGAAGAUCACGCCCUGGUGUCUAGAGCCGUCUCCAUGAAGGUGGAAAGUUUCACAGAAACCAAUGAGAUAAAUGAGCUCUUUGACUUAUUCACUUACAACAAGGGAGCGUCUCUGGCCCGGAUGCUAGCUAGCUUCUUGAAUGAGAAAAUAUUUAUCAGCGCACUUAAGUCAUAUUUGGAGACUUUUUCUUACUCAAAUGCUGAGCAAGAUGAUCUAUGGAGACAUUUUCAAAUGGCCAUAGAUCACCAGAGUAAAAUUCUUUUGCCAACAACAGUAAAAAGCAUCAUGGACAGCUGGACACAGCAGAGUGGUUUCCCAGUUAUCACCUUAAAUGUUUCCACGGGCGUCAUGAAACAGGAGCCAUUUUAUCUUGGCAAGGUUAAAAAUCAGACUCUUCUAACCCACAAUGAUACAUGGAUUAUACCUAUUCUUUGGAUAAAAAAUGGAACUACACAGUCUUUAGUCUGGCUAGAUAAAAGCAGCAAAGUAUUUCCUGAAAUGCAAGUUUCAGAUUCUGACCAUGACUGGGUGAUAUUAAAUUUGAAUGUGACUGGAUAUUAUAGAGUUAACUAUGAUAAAUUAGGUUGGAAGAAAUUAAAUCAACAGCUUGAAAAAGAUCCUAAGGCUAUUCCUGUUAUUCAUAGACUUCAGCUGGUUGAUGAUGCCUUUUCCUUGUCUAAAAAUGAUUAUAUCGAGAUCGAAACAGCACUUGAUUUAACCAAGUACCUUGCUGAAGAAGAUGAAAUCAUAGUGUGGCAUGCAGUUUUGAUGAACCUAGUAACCAGGGAUCUUGUUUCUGAUGUGAACAACCAUGAUAUAUAUCCAUUGUUAAAGAAGUAUCUGUUGAAGAGACUUAUCUCAAUAUGGAAUACUUACUCAACUAUAAUUCGUGAAAAUGUGACAGCCUUGCAGGAGGACUAUUUAGCUCUAAUAUCACUGGAAAAAGUUUUUGGAACUGCAUGUUGGUUGGGUCUUGAGGACUGUCUUCAGCUGUCCAGAGAACUCUUCAGAAACUGGAUGAACCAUCCAGAGAAUGAAAUACCUAAUCCAAUUAAAAAUGUUAUUUUAUGUUAUGGCAUUGCCUUGGGAAAUGAUAAAGAAUGGGAUUUUUUGUUAAAAAUCUACAAUAAUAACACAAAGGAAGAAGAAAGGAUUCAACUGGCUUAUGCAAUGAGCUGCAGUAAAGAUCCAUGGAUACUUAACAGAUAUAUGGAUUAUGCCAUCACUGUGUCUCCUUUCACUUUUAAUGAAACAAAUGUUAUCGAAGCUGUUGCAGCAUCUGAAGUUGGCCGAUAUGUUGCAAAAGACUUUUUAAUCAACAAUUGGCAAGCUGUGAGUGAAAGGUAUGGAACGCAAUCAUUGGUUACCCUGCUAUAUGUAAUCGGGAGAACCAUAAGUACAGAAUCACAGAUCUUAGAGCUGCAGCAGUUUUGCAGUAACAUGUUGGAGGAGCACCAGAGACUCACAGUUCAGGCCAAAUUACAGACAAUAAAGAACGAAAAUCUGAAAAACAAAGAGCGAAGUGCCAGGAUAGUGGCGUGGCUACGGAAAAACACAUAA